AUGUCGAACCUACUACGAAGGACCAUUGCUCUGGCAUUGGUACUAGCACUGACAGCUUCUCCAGCUAUGGCACAAUCAGCAACAGUUGCCCCUGGUGCAAUUCAAACCCUAGGAUGCUAUGCAUCAGCAGAUACCCUGACUGAGUUUGGCGAUUCGGUCGGUCAAUCAUCUGGCUAUUGUCGAGAUAACUGCACACAGCUGGCUAGCCCUGCGCCUGUCAUGGCAAUUACUGGUGGCGUCACCUGCUAUUGUGGCGAUGAGCUUCCCGCCCUGGAUCAGCUAGUGAGCGAUGACAAGUGCAACGUGAAAUGCAUGGGCUACGGUGUCGAUGAUUGUGGAGGUAUGGGCUAUUACCAACUUUACCUUACGGGUCUCGGCGCGAAUGUGCACACAGCUCCCAACAGUUCAACGAGCGCUAGCGCUGGUUCAAGCUCAACCCAACCAGCAAUCGUCACAAGACCCGGCGAGACAGUGUUCGUCACACCUACCGCCAGUUCAGACGAACCACAACCGUCAUCCAGUAGCGGUCCCAACAAAGUCGGCAUUGCUGUGGGCGUUGUUGUCGGAGUUCUCGCCCUUGCAGGCAUCAUUGGAAUCGUGGUCUUCGUUGUCAAGAGAAAGCGAAACCGAGAGAUUGAAGAAGAGCAUCGUCGUAAUGCUGCCAAUUCUUUCCUAUCUGGCAAAUCCGACAAGUCGUCGCCGGAUCAACGACUCGAUCCUUCGAUAAACAUUCAUGGACGACAAAGCAUUGGCAGCAUUGCUGAUGAGCGGGACUUCUCGAGGAGAAUUUUACAGGUACGGAAUCCAGAUCGCGAUUCGGUUCGGUCGACUAUGGCAUGA